GUUUCGCAAGGGCAAAGGAACAAACGAUCGUCUAGCGUUGCUUUCAACAGAUAUUCAACUGGCCUUUGCGGAAAAGGAGCAACUGGCUUCAGUUUUCUUGGAUAUUAAGGGCGCCUUUGAUUCAGUUUCCAUAAGCAUAUUGUCAGAAAAACUGCACAAUAGUGGACUUCCAGGAAUUUUAAAUAAUUAUUGUAUAAUUUGCUGUCAGAAAAACAUAUGAGCUUCAAUCUCGGACAACUAACAACUUCCAGAAUUAGCUACAUGGGCCUACCCCAAGGCUCAUGUUUAAGUCCCUUGCUUUAUAAUUUUUACGUGAAAGACAUUGAUAGUUGCUUGGAAGGGCAAUGCACGCUAAGACAACUUGCAGAUGAUGCUGUGGUUUCUCUAAAAGGCCCACAUGCAGAAAUGUUGCAAAGACCAUUGCAAAAUUCUCUAAAUAAUCUGUCAAUCUGGGCAAGACAUUUAGGGAUCGAGUUUGCUCCGCAAAAAACUCAAUUGGUUGUGUUUUCUAGAAAGCGGAACCCAGCCCAACUGAAACUCAAUCUUUUGGGAAUAGAAAUCGACCAAUCUUUGACUUCGAAAUACCUUGGGGUCUGGUUUGAUUCAAAAGGCACUUGGGGUACCCAAAUCAAGUAUUUGGUGCAAAAAUGUCAACAAAGGAACAAUUUUCUACGCACAAUUACCGGAACAUGGUGGGGUGCUCACCCGGAAGACCUCAUAAAACUUUACAAAACGACUAUUCUCUCUGUUAUUGAGUAUGGCUCUUUCUGCUUCCACUCAGCAGCAAACUGCCACCUAAUAAAGCUGGAACGAAUUCAAUAUCGUUGUUUGCGUAUUGCCCUCGGCUGCAUGCACUCAACGCAUAAUGCGAGCCUAGAGGUCCUGGCAGGGGUGAAACCUCUCCAGAACCGCUUCUGGGAACUCUCGCUAAGGUUACUUAUCGAGUGUGGAGUGAGCAACACACGCGUUAUUGAAAACUUCGAGGAAAUGCUCAGUUUAAACACUCAGUCAAAAUUCAUGAGAAUCUAUCUGUUCUACAUGUCGUCUGACAUAAGCCUACCAACUUAUAACCCUCCUCGUGUACACUUCACUAACGACAGUUCCUCUGUUAAAUACGAUCUGUUCAUGAAACAAGCUAUUCAGGGAAUACCAGAUCAACUUCGGUGUAUAUCCAUUCCUCGCAUUUUUAACGAAAAGUACCAAAAUGUCAAUUCCUGUAAGAGAUUCUUCACUGAUGGGUCUCGAAUAAAUGGAUCCACUGGUUUCGGUGUCUUCAAUGAAAACUCCACCGCCUUCCGGAAACUUCAAGAACCUUGUUCUGUUUAUGUUGCUGAGCUGGCAGCAAUUGACUUCGCUUUGGGGAUGAUUUCCAACAUGCCCGCAGACCAUUUCUUCAUCUUCUCGGAUAGCCUUAGUUCGAUUGAGGCACUCCGGUCGAUGAAACCUGUAAAGCAUGCAUCUUACUUUCUUACAAAAAUAAGAGAGCAGAUGUAUGCACUGGUCGAAAGAUCAUACAAGAUUACCUUUGUAUGGGUCCCCUCACAUUGCUCAAUUUAUGGCAAUGAGAAGGCGGACUCUCUCGCAAAGGAGGGCGCACAGGAAGGUGAGAUCUAUGAUAGAAGAAUUUCACACGAUGAAUUUUUCCAUUUAGUUUGUCAGAGUUCUCUUCAAAGUUGGCAACAUGAUUGGCGAGAUGGCCAACUGGGACGGUGGUUACAUUCUAUUAUUCCUAAUGUUUCUUUGCGAGCGUGGCAUUACGGUUUGGAUGUAGGUCGAGACUUCAUACGCGUGAUGUCAAGACUUAUGUCCAACCAUUACUCGCUAGGCGCGCAUUUGCAUAGAAUAAAUCUUGCGCUCGACAAUCUUUGCACUAAGUGCGGUUCCGGUUAUGAUGACAUCGACCACGUAGUUUGGCAAUGCCCGGAUAAUGACGCCUCCAGAGCGCUACUAUUGGAUACCCUUGAGGCCCGAGGUAGACAACCCUUUGUUCUUGUGAGAGAUGUGUUGGGGACCCGCGAUGUCACAUACAUGGGAUGUAUUUUCGACUUUCUUCGCUCGGCUGGUAUGAAAGUUUAAUUCGCUUGUGUUUUCUUCUUCAGUUUUUUUUUCUCUGUUUUGUCCUCCUCGUGUUGUUCUUCGCUCUGCUGGUAUAAAAGUUUAAUUUGCUUGUGUUUUCUUCUCCAGUUUUUGACGUAGGACUACGUCUCUGUUUUUUUUUCUUCUCUGUUUUGUCCUCCUCGUGUUACCGAGCUGCUCCUGGCCAUCCGGAAGACCAAGCCCUUCAACAAGCUGGUACCAACACCACAAGGCACCGAACACGCUAGAAAAAUGCGAUUAGCCCCCGGAUGAGCUGCAGUGAAACCUUUGGUCCAGUCCAUCCUUCAAAAUCUCUUUCGGGAGAAAAAGCGCCGCCUGUAAGAAGCGGAAUGUUAACAAAUGGAAAUGCUGUGCCGCUCACAAGAAACACGGAAGUUCUACCAGAAGCUCAACGCUUCCCGCAAAGGCUUCGUGCCGCGAGCUGAAACGUGCAGAGAUAAGAACGGGAGCAUCUUGACUGACGGACGUGAGGGUGAUCGAAAGGUGGAAGCAGCACUACGACGAACACCUUAAUGGUGUGGAGAACGCAGACAUGGAGGAUCACGGCAGCGGGAGAAGUGGCUACUUCAGUACAGCAUGGAGCAACAACGAGCCAACUCCCACGUUGAGGGAAGUUACGGAAGCUAUCCAGCAGCUCAAGAACAAUGAGUCUGGAUCGGUAAUGGUAAUAAUGGUAUCGGAGCUGAACACACCCAGAUGGGCCCGGAAAAGUUGGCCAUCUGCCUGUACCGACUAAUAGUCCAAAUCUGCGAGACCGAACAGCUACCGGAGGAGUGGAAGCAAGGGCUCAUUUGCCCCAUCUACAAGGAAGGUGGCAAGAUGCAGUGCGAGAACUUCCGAGUGAUCACAAUUCUGAACCCCGCCUGCAAAGUGAUAUCCAAGAUCAUCUUCCGUCGUAUUUCACCCAAAGUUAAUGAGUUUGUGGGAAGUUAUCAAGCCGGCUUCGUUCACGGCUGCUCGACAACGGAUCAAAUCCUCCAAAAAUGCCAGGUCCCAUCGCAUCACCUUUUCGUCGACUUCAACGCGGCGUACGACAGUAUCGACCGCAGUGUGCUAUGGAAAAUCAUGGACGAGAACUGCUUCUUCGGGAAGCUUAUUACUAGAUUGAUAAAAGCGAAGACGGACAGUGCAAGAAACUGCGUAAAGGUUUCUGACGAUCUGUCGUUCGAAUCUCGCCGGGGUGAUGGACUCUCAUGUCUGCCGUUCACCAUCGCCCUGAAAGGUGUUAUGCGGCGAGCCGAUGCGUGAUUUUCACGAAAUCCGGCCAAUUUGUCUGUUUUGUGGAUGACAUGGAUAUUAUGGCUAGAACAUUUGGAACGGUGGCAGAACUGUACACUCGCCUUAAACGAGAAGCAGCAAAGGUCGGACUCACGGUGAACGCGUCCAAAAUGAAGUACUUGCUGGCAGGGGAAACCACGAAUGACAGGGCAAGCCUAAGCAGUAGUGUUAUGAUAGACGAGGACACUUUCGAGGUGGUGGAGAACUUCAUCCACCUCGGGUCCUUAUUAACGGCAGACAACAACGUUAGCCGCGAAAUACGAAGGCGCAUCAUCAGUGGAAGUCGGACCUACUAUAGGCUCCACAGAAAUCUGCGAUCGAAAAAGUACCAAAUGUACAAUGUACAAAACGCAAGGUGGCAAAAGCUGGAAGGAUGCGAUGGGCGGGGCAUGUUGUGAGAAUACGGACAACAACCCUGCAAAGCCGGUGUUCGCAAGAGAUCCAAUGGUACAAGAAGAUCUGGAGGGCAGCGUGAAAGGUGGGCUGACCAGGUACAGAACGAUCUGGCAAGUGUGGGACGCGGCCGAGGAUGGAGGACUACAUCCAGUAAUCGAGUGUUUUGGCGAAGAAUUGUUGAUUCAGUUUUAUUAUGAUUGUAAUGUAAUGCUAAAUAAAUGAAUGAAAUUAAUGAUUCAGGCAUGUCUCUAGGAGUUUCAAUAUGGAUUUUUCCAGAAGAUCUCUCAAGAAUUACUACAGGAGUUCUUUCAGAGGAAUCAUCUGUUCCUGUCGUAAUUAGUCUAGGAUUUCCUUCAAAAAUUAUUACCAGGAGGAUUCAAGGAUGCCUCCAGAAGAAUUCAUGGAUUCCUUAACAAAUAUUUUCAGCGAUUUCUACAGAGGUUCAUUCAGAGAUUAGUCCAGGAGUUCCUUUUAAGAUUCAUCAAGGAGUUUCUUAGGAGAUUCCUCGAGAAGAUCGUUUAGGGAUUCUACCAGGAAUUCUUCCAGCGAUUGCUCCUGGAGAUCUUUCGGAGAUUUUUUCACGAGGAUUUACGGAUGCCUCCAGAAGUUACAUCAGAGGUUUCUCCAGAAGUUUUUUUUUUCGGGAAUUCUUUCAGAGAUCUCUCUAGAAUUUCUUUCAGAGAUUCGUAUAGGAGAAUCCAUGGAUACCUCCAGGAGAAUUCCCGGAUUUCCCCAGAAGUUUCUUCAGAGAUUCCUACAGAAAUUCCUUUCAUGAUUCCGCAAGGAGUUCCUUAGAAGAUUCCUCGAGAAAUUCCUUGAGGGUAGAAUAUAUGUUCUACCAGGGAUCGCUCCUGGAGUUCUUUCGCAGAUUUUUUCCUGGAUGAUUUACGGAUGUCACCAGGAGUUACAUCAGAGAUUUCUUCAUAAGUUUUUUUUUCAGGAACUUCAAGAAUUCCCUUGAUGGUUCAGACGGGAAGGAGGCAACUCCUAAUAACAGCGGUCUAGGACUGUACCACCUACGAGUUUGUGCGACUCGCUUAAUGCUAAUGCUAACUCCUUUAGAAAUUUCCUUGGGGAUUCCUCCUGGAAAUGCUUCGGGAAUUCCUACUGGAAAGCUUUCAUCCUACCUGGGAUGAUUCCCCCAAGAAAUCUAUCAAGGAUUCCUCCUUUGUUACAAACAAGGACACGUUCAAUGCUUCCAGUGAGCUAUUCGCUCUUUAAAGGAAGCGCGAAAAAAAAACCUUAAAUUCCGCCGGGGAUUCAUCUUGAAAAUGCUUUGGGUAUUACGUCUAGAAUUUUUUCGGGGUUUCCUCCUGGACUUCCGUCGAG